ACAGACUUGAAAUAUCUUAAAUAAACAAAUAAAGUAACUGUCAUUCAGAGCUCGACAUAGCCCAUCCACUCUCUACCGCGGCGCACUACAAAGUGCUGCCUUUCAGAGCAGUUUGCACGCCACGAAAACCUAUCACGUGAUCUCUUCGCCAUUAAGCAUUUCAUUGGAUUAAACAGGGAGUUGUAAUAAAUCCGAUUCUGACCUCCUGAGUAUUUCUAAUGCCAAAUCGAAACAUUAAGUCGGAAUAUAGACACAAGUACAAUUGACGAUACCCCGGAUGUGCACAUCUAAAUAUAGCACCCACGUGGUAUUGUUUACUAUAAACACGUGUGAACGGGAUCGAUAUGUCAUUGCCUUUUCUAGGAAUAUUAAUUGGCAUGGCAAAUGCGUGUCCAGAGGCUUGCAAGUGUUUGGACAAAACACUAAACUGUAGUUACAGAGAGCUAAGUGAACAACCUGUUAUUGAUGAGGCUUUUCAAAAAUGGAAUUUCAGUGGCAACCAGUUAAAAAGAGGAACCACAGCAGAACUUAGGCACAGUGUCACCAGUGUUGUGAAUAUUCUUGAUAUAAGCUACAACAAAGUUACAAUUGUUGAAGAAAACUUUUUACUUAACUUUGAAAAUCUGCAAGAGGUGUCAGUUUCAAAUAAUAAAUUAAAUGACUUUGGGUUCUCUCUUCCAUCAACACUUGAAAUUUUAAAAGCUAGCAAUAAUUUUUUCCAAACAUGGCCAAUUGAUAAAUUAUUACAACCACAUAAUUUAAGGGAAGUUUAUUUUGAUCACAAUUUCCUGAAGAGUGUUACUUGUUCGAAAGAUACAAAUUUAAUUUUUGAAAGGUUUGAAAAAUUAGAUUUAUCUUUUAACAAUAUUGAAAACCUUGAUGAUUGUAUAUUUAAGAAAAUGCCAGUUUUACACAAUUUAAACCUAUCAAAUAACAAAAUCAAGAAAUUAACAGAAGAGUUAUUUAAAUCAAACACACAAUUAGAAAAAUUGGAUCUCUCCGGCAAUAUGCUAAAACACAUUCCAAAAGGACUUUUUGAGAAAGUACCAAAUCUUUCUUACCUCUUUCUAUCCAGAAACAAAAUUGUUACUUUUCCUUCGCAGCUUCCAACACUAGAAGUAUUAGACAUUUCGUUUAAUCUGAUCCAUAGUGUUGAAGAGGAUAUUAAAGGUGACGUUUAUCCCCAUGAGGUUUUAUUACUGGGAGGAAACCCAUUUUACUGCGACUGUCGAGUACAGUGGCUUAAAGAAUUCUUAGAUACAAGAGAAUAUCAGUUACAGUACUAUAACAUUCCAGAGGAAAAGUUCAUUCCAACUUGCCAAGGCCCUUCUAACCUGUUCAAUGAUUCAUGGAAUUAUCUAAGCAGUGAUUUAUUUGUUUGUGAUUUUGAAAAUCCUCAAGAAGAGAAAGGGUUGGAAGAUUCUGAAAUUAAACAAAAGGACUUGAAAUUAAAAACUGUUGAAAUUGGGGAGACGUUUGUCAAGUUGCAUUGGAAUAUUUAUAAAACUGUAUCAGUCACUUCACUAUCUUAUGAGUUGAAAUAUCAUCAAUUUGGCCAUAAAGAUAAACAGACUUUACACUCCUUUAGAUCCACCUCUUUGUCUUAUGUUCUUCAGAAUCUCACUGCAGGAACAGCCUAUAUUAUUUGUCUGAGAGAAGUUACAUCUAUCCAGAAGACUGAAUUUGAUUGUGUAGAAAUUGUAACAAAAGAGGACAGUCUACUGUAUGCCUAUAUGUUUUUUAUAUGCGUAUUGUCUGUGCUAUUUUAUGUUUUUAAGGUAUAGGUACAUAUAAAUUAUAAAAAUAUUACCAAUGUUCAAAUAUAUAUGUAUACUGUUCUUAAAGCUUGAACAGACAUUGUAAAUGCUUGCCUUGAAGUGCACAUGAUUAAAAGAACUGUCAACAAACUGAAUGAAUAUUUAUAUAGUUUAAGCACAUCCAUCUCUCAGCCAGGAACAAUAAUUUGACAUUAUUACUUAUCUGAAUAAGUCUCAAAAUGAAGUUUGAAAUUAAAAUC